AUGUUAAUUCGCUCCCUUCUGAAACAUAAUGCCUCGGUCUUGGUGACACAGCCAAAGACGGCGACAGGUUCUACCGUGGUGUCAGUGCAUUCAGUUCAAGACGAAAGAUUUGACGAAACCCGUACUCAAAGGUUGGUUGGACUGUGCCGUCGGAAAGCAUGUCUUGCUUCUUUGCUGCCCCAGAACAGUCAUGGAGGUUGGAAACCUGUCACACUCCGGAGUCCAAUACUCGGGGUGUUUGUUCUCAUCUCGAUUAUCAUGAUAGCUGCCCUAGAAGUCUUAUCACACAUCAGCUCACAAGAUGGCAAUGGUGGCGGCUUGGUGUUUGCGACGAAUGUUGAAAGUAUUUCGACCGCCGCGUCGUUUGGUUAUCUGUACUUUCCCACCAUUCUUGCAGUCUGCUAUAGCAUGAUCUGGAGUUGGGUUGAUCUGGACGUCAAGCGCUUGGAACCUUGGUUUCAGCUUUCAAAAUCCAAAGGCGCGCAAGCUCAGAACUCCUUGCUACUUCAGUAUCCAUUCGAUUUUUUACCAUUUGUCCCAUUAUCAGCUCUCAAAAGGAGACAUUGGAGCGUGUUUUUGGCAGGCACUAUUAUGCUUGUGGUUUUCUGGGCCAUAACACCCCUUCAGUCAGCCAUCUUCAACACUGGAGUGGUCACGAGAUCGAAGCAUAUUGAUAUGGGCACCACAGCUACCCUCGUCUCCUUGGAUCGACAGGCCCAUGUUCUGAAUGCCAAUUUCCUCAACGUAGCAUACGCAAUAUCAUGGCUUGGCCAGAAAUUGCCAGGCUUCACCACUGCGAACUACACAGUCCUUCCUUUCGGACCAACAACACUGGUCCAGAGAUCCUUGCCGUCCGAGACUUGGACAGCUGCCAGAGAUGCAUUCGGCACUUCUAUAUCAUGUUCUCCGGCAAUCGUUGAGGUGGAGAAACUCGGCUAUACUUUUCGCAAUGGCAAAGGCUGUUCUGUAUCGCAAAUAAAUCUACCGGUAUCACACGACUUUGGGAGCCAUAUGAUCAACUACAUCGGAUAUUUCAGCAAUCCUCACGUUGACUGGUCACUCCAGAACCCUAAUUGUACUGCCGAGUUCUCGAACAACUUUCUAGCCUUAUACGCAUCCGGCAAGUCUCAUGUUCAGGGCGGCAUUUACAGCAAUAUCACUGCGCUGUUUUGUGAGACGAGUUACAGCUCCCAUUCCGUCACAGUUACCGUAAACGCCUCAGACAACACAAUUGUUCAUCAAAAGCUAGCAUACCAGUCACGGAGUAGCUCUGGUGCUCAAAGUAUUCAAGGCAUCCUCAAUACCACCGCUUUUGAGUAUGUCCUGGCUACUGGUGUCAAUCCAACGAACCAAAAGGUCAAUCUCCCUGAUAGGGCAGUUCUAGAGCAGUAUCCACGCCUCAUGAAAUACAAUCUAACGUGGCCGGUUUCCAACAUGGUAGGCUUCGCAGUAGCUCUUAAUCCUUCCAGGGUGGAUGAUUUAGCCGAGUCUACAGCCUUGAAAGUUGCCUUCGAACGAGCGCAUCAACUCCUCUUCACGACCGCAUUUAAUUCCUUGCUGGAACCUGUGACUGAGACCAAUUCCUCCGACAGCGUUGCUGGUCUUCUUGAGGACAGCCCUGGAGCCAUCAUCUUAGUUCGGCCUGUGGCUAUAGCGGUAGAAAUAGCGCUAGCUAUUGUCGCGAUCAUGACAUUACUUCUCUGGUUCCACUCGCAUUCCCGACAAAGCAGUCUGGAGACAGACCCUUCUUCGAUUGCUGAUCUUAUGGCGGUCUUACAAGCAGGCCAAAUAUCCCGGAAGGAGUCGCAUUCAACCAUGGACUUUGCCCGAACGACCGUAGAUGAAGGUCUAUCACAAGAAGUAUACUGUUUGACCACAAGGAUACCGGGAGAAAAGGUCAACGCUCAGGCCGAGAGAGCCCGCGACUUACCUUUCGGAUCCUCAACCACGAUUCAAUCUACUUCAGGACAUGACGAGAUCCCUCCAUUGAGACCAGUUGAACUCCGUAUAUGGUCAGGCGCGGCCUUCGUUAUUGUACUAGGUACAGCAAUCAUAGGUUUGACCGUCCUGAACUCCCAGAUCCUCAAACACAACGGGCUUACACUUCCAUCCUCUAACCCUACAGUCCUCUCCAUCAUCGAAAACUACGUACCCACAAUUUUUGCCACGUUGCUAGAGCCUAUCUGGAUCGUGCUGAAUCGUCAUUUGUGCUUACUGAAGCCGUUUGAUGAGUUACGAAAAGGAAACGCAAUGUCCGCAAGGUCCGUAGAAGCCCGGUAUACUUCGCUACCACCACCCUUGAUAGUUUGGAGAGCGCUUCGCUCGGGGCAUUUUCUUCUUGCGGCCGUCUGCUUGACUGUCAUCUCGUCAAACUUUCUCGCAGUUUCACUCAGCACGUUGAUCAACGAGGGCCAAACGACUGCGAACUACUCUUUUACUUCUGAAAGACAGCUUCUUCCAAAUUUCAAUAACACCAGAAUUCGGAUCGACGGAAUAGGAGGACCUGCCAUCUCAUACUUUGAUCAUUUCUACAUCGAAAUGUCAAACAUCACCAGCAAUACUACGUUACCUCCUUGGGUAGACGCAGCCAAUUACUAUUUGCCGUUUACCCCUGGCAACGCAAACCAAAUCUCGAACAAUGAUAUCUCCGCUGUCCUGAAAGGGUUCAGAGGUACUACAACAGGGUUCGGCGCCCAGGUAAACUGUAACAGCUUGUCUCAAAACGAAGAGAUUGACGGAUAUGAAUUUAAAACAAGUGAGGAUGGGUUGACUGCUUUCCUUUCAACUUCGCACCAGCUUCCUAAUGGCACUCGAACCACUUGUGUUUCCCUAGCAGUCACGAACGCACUGAACGAAACCAUCGGCUUUCGAAGUAAUUUUCCGACAGGGAACAUAGGAUUAGAAGUCAUGCAAUCGAUGUUCCCAGCCAAAGGUCUUGACGACGGAGGAUUUUGCUCAAGUUUGCUGGUUGCCGGAUGGGUGCGAGCGUCCUCAACCGUUGUCUUUGAUCUUGAAACAGGGGCGAUUAAUUCGACACAGAUCGCGAAUGUGUCCAGUACCUUUCUCUCCUGCACUGCAACAGUGGAAACCAGCAACUUUGACGUUGUAGUGGACACGACUGGUCGGAUAGUCAGUUCGAACCGUACGAGCCUCUUUACAGCCAACAAAACAUCACUUUUCUCAGGCAAUGGGUCGACUGAGCUCAGCCUCUUCCAAGAGACUGUCGAUCUUCUAGCUCCGGUCAUGGCAAAGAGGUUUCAAUGGCACAAUACGAGUGUAACCUCGGAUUGGAUGAAUUCUCUUCUUGCUAUUGAGCUAAACUCACAACGCCUAGUCGAUCCGGCAGCCUCUGCACCGAAUGGAUCUGAAAUUACACCCAUGGUGAAGCAAUUGUAUACAAAGCUCUUCGCCAUACUGCUUGGCUUGAACUCAGAUAGAGUGUUUGCCCACUCUUCGGUUCAAGCAAGCGAGCCCUUCGAGGAAAUUAUUGAAGUUUCGAGGAUAUUCUUGUCCCCACCCAUGCUCAUAGUGUCAGUUACAAUCCUGGUCUUCCAUCUCGUCAUGGCUAUCAUAUACUAUAUGUACAGGCCAAGGAACUUUUUGCCACGAAUGCCGACCUCCUUGGCAGCUAUUUUCUCAUAUGUAUAUGCCAGCAGGGCGAUACAAGACUUUAGCUAUACUAGGAAGGAAUCGGGUGAUAAGAAUGCUGGGCAGAGAUUUGGAUAUGGGAGAUUUGUGGGAAUCGAUGGGAAAACCCAUGUUGGGAUCGAGCAGCAGCGGUUUGUGGUGCCACUGAAGAGUCGGAACCCGGAAGUGAGGAAGAGGAAAUGGGCCCGAACAUUUGAAAGAGAGGAUGAACGGCAGCCAAAGACUUGGAUUUAA